AUGGAGUUGCCGAUAGUUCUUGGAUUGCUGGUCGUCUUCUUGCCGCUGCUCGCCUACGCUGCUCAGAAACCACAAAAACGGAGAGGCGGUCGCGGCAAUGAGCUCGCCUUUCUCUCAUGCAGUGGUUGCUGGCUACCGUAUAGCAAAGGAAACUCUGCAUCCCGAACCCCGAUGAUGUUGAACAACGGUACCAUCCGAUGUGCCCGAUGCGUCCAAUACAGCGGAGCCCCGCCCGCGAAAAAAGCCGAUUUCAUCACCGAGAUCCUGUCAUCCGCACCAGUCGAGUUAGACAGUGGCAGCUGGUUCUGGAUCUGCAAGUUCUUUCCGUUGAACUGUCGCAGCUGCCUGGGAACAAAGAAUCUGAUCGUGCUCGGCUGUGGCCACAUCAGUUGUGAGAGCUGCCGACGUCGCUGCCUGGAGUGUGGAUAUGGGAUUCGAGCGAAGAUUGAUGGGGAGCUGAUGCGGUUCUAUGAAGCGUAUCCACCGAUUCCGCCCAAGCUGUCCGUCUUCGAAGUCUCGACUCCGUGCGUCGAUGCUCCAAUUGCCCACGCGAGGAUUGGCUCGGCGAGAUGCUACACUGCCAAGGAUGUUCGACAGCGCUGUGCGGAUUCUGUGCCG